AUGGAAGAGCACACCAGAGGCAGAAUCAACGUUAGGAUGAGGGUUCUUCGUCUUGCCAUGCUCUGUGAGCACACCAAGGCAAUCUCAGAGUUCUUCUUGACAAGCUGGAAGACAGGGUUAGCCAGCACACCAGGCCGGGUGUCAGCAAAGUCCAUGAGGGCUUCAAAGCGCGGGUCAGGCUUGCGCAGCAUGCCGAUCUUGGAGUCCAAAAUCCUAGAUCUUGAGGUGGGCCCAAGUCGUCAAGGAGUAUCUCUCCACUCUGGGGUAUUUGAAUCCUUCACAGUUCCAUGGGUCAAAGCCAUAAACACUGCUCAUGAUAGCGAUCCAAUCGUGAUCGAGGAGGCUGUUGAGGAUAUUUUUGGUUAUGUGUGCUUAUAUCUGUAUGUUGGAGAUUACUUCAUCCCCUUGCCAGACGAUGUUGUUCCUUAUCAUAUUGUUGGAGAACAGCAAUAUGAGCAAGACGAUAUCCUUACAUUGAAGGGCAAUUACUUUGAAAACUCGGCAUCAGUCAAUGUCACGGACUCGGUCUCCUAA